AUGGGUAAUGUUUUCUUCACCACGAAUUCUGCCUUUUUAUACAGUUUCUACUUUCAGGAUGAAGAAGGAAAACUUCUUUACUACGCAAUUGUGACUUUUGACAGUGAAGAAGCCGUCGACGCGUGUCUGAAACUGAAUCACUGCAUCAACGGACGAUCGAUCGUUGUAAGAAAAGCAGUAACAAAAGAGCAGUUCAAGUUAGCUGAGCAGUCUCAAAGAGAGCGCACGCAUUUGGAAGAACAUCAAAAGCAUGGAUAUGCCGGCUACAGUAGGACUCGUCUCGUAGCUGUUCCCCAGCAGCCUCAGUGGCCCUCUGCGGCUUACCCCUCUUCCAUGGCUCCCAGUUACCCAUCGCAGUAUGAUUUACAUCAAGAGCAAUAUCGACGUGAAUAUGAGCGAUAUCAACUGCAGAUGCAGGAGUAUCAGAAACAGCUAGCUGAGUAUCACGAGAAGUUGAAUAAGUAUCAAGGGGAGCUGCAACAAUACCACGUGCAACGUCAGUACAAGACAGCUUUGGAUCAAGCAGCUUUUCACAAUGCGUAUAAUUACAACACAAAUUCCUCUCAAGCUCCCAUUGGGCAUGAUUGUGAUGUUCGCAAACUGGUUCCCAAGGAUCUUUCGGUCUGUAAUUCAUCUUACGAGGUUUCUUUCCUUGAAGAUGACUUGACGGUCGUAUUCGUUCCGGUUCAAUUAGAUCCUAAGCCUGGGAAAAGUGUUCACAUUUCAUUUCCUUACAAGCUGAGCUGCGUUCAGUCGUCCGAGUCGAGUCUGCGUCUCAAUCUCGCUGUACCAAAGAACAUCCCAGAUGCGGAAUGUCGAUGGCUGCUGAAUAAUAUGUUCCCUGCUAUCUUUAAAUGGCUUCGAUUUAUCGAUCCGAAAAGGGCUAUACGUAAAACGAAUGCCUUGUUAGACAUUGUGCAGUACAACACUCGCUACAGGAAGCUGAAGGAGACUUACGGUCGACGACUCGUAGAGACGUGGACGGAGAGGACAGAUCCAACGAAAUUUGUUUAUGAAGACUGCGGUAUAGCUGCAUACCUUCUGGAGUUCUGGAAAAAACGUGGACGCGUACCUAAGAAAUUUGCAGAUUUGGGUUGUGGAAAUGGAUUAUUGGUGUAUUUGCUUAACAAAGAAGGCGUAGAAGGUGUCGGCAUCGAUAUUCGAAAAAGAAAGAUAUGGUCGGAACAGCUGAGUGAUACUCAGCUGAUUGAGGCAGUUGUGGAUCCCUCUAAGGAAGGCAAUGCAAUACCUGACGAUGUGGAUUACUUGAUUGGUAACCAUACAGAUGAGCUAACACCCUGGAUACCUGUCAUGGCUGCGAGGUUGAAGUGCGAUUUCUUUGUUCUACCCUGUUGUCCUUUCAAUUUUAAUGGCAAGUACGUUGCGAGGCCAGGUGAUAGUGGCAGUCAGUAUGAUUCUUUCCUUAGAUUUGUUAGAGAGAUUUGCACGCGUUUGGGAUUCGUCGUGGAAGAGGAUCGAUUGAGUAUACCUAGUACGAAAAGGCUGUGUUACGUUUGUACGAUUCCUCCUCAAGGACUUGUUCCAAACAUAGAUGAUACUAUUGAAGAACUAAGCGGGUCCUCUACAAGUGUUUUCCGUCCUAGGAAUAAGGUUGAGCAGGUACGUAAUUGCUUAAACGUCCCAAAAGAUAUUCGAUUAGACUUGACGAAGCGUUUCUUCUUUGAGCUUCUCGAAAGGAAUGGAGAAGAACAAAACGGCUGGCGACGAGGUGGAGCGAUAGAGCUUGGGGAAUUAGCCAAGCUCUUGACUUCAGAAGAAAAACAGUUAAUGAAGCAGCAGUGUGGAGGACUGCAAACUUUUCUUAGGAAUCAACAUCAAGUGUUCAAGGUUUGUGUCUUAAUCGUCGAGUUGCGAUAUGCUUUCUUGCUGACAAAGAAUUUCUUCAAAGCUUACAAA